AUGAAGAUAUCCACACUUGGCACCGCCCUUGUCCUAACGUGUAGCGCAUUAGCCCACCCAGCCGUUGCUGCAGUCGAUGCAAAAGUGACGUCAUCGCCCCAGCUCGAAAAACGUCGUAAAGAAGUUGUCAUAAACAAAGACUACAAGAAGUUACAGGAUUUGAAGAACGGCGAGGCCGAAACAUCCGAAGCUCCAAAGCCAUGGGUCAGAACUAUCUACAAAGACAAGGUUGAGAUCGUGACGCCUACUAUUAUCGCUGGAGUUACUAUCAGUGCUAAACCUCCAACAACCACUGAUGGAUUGGAACCGUGGAUUUCUCUUAAUGCUGAUGGAUCUCCCAAAACCAUCAACCCAAAAAUGAAGAAUGGAGUCAUCAAAAAUAAGAGUCCUGACUACUCGACAUGGUUCCAGGAUGUAAAGACUGUUACUUAUAGCAAGGAGGAGUUGCGUGCGCACAACAUGGAGGAGGAUGAGGUGUUCGUGGAGGAGAAAUUGAUCCCGGAGGAUCUCACAUAUAGGCUGUUGAACCCUAUUGUUCGUUGUACUCCGGACUUGUACAAAAUGAAGGGUGUGGGUAAAGAUCAGACCCCUGAGCCGUUCUGCUUCCCUAGAGACAACAGCCGUCUCUACAUGGACAAAUCAUAUUUCAUUACAUGGUACUAUCCAUUCUUCGGCAAGGAUGUUGAGAAGGUGCGGGUCCAUUUAUCAUAUGUUAAGGAGAGCUGGAAACAGAAAGGAAUGAGAAAGAGAGACCUUGACGCUUCAGAAAACGUUGUUGAGAAACGGUCUGAAGUGAUGCAAAAGGGCGGCCAGCUCAGUAAAAACUCGUUCUAUAUGUCAGAGUGGCUUCUCAAAGAAGAGGGUAUGUUGCCAAUUACCAUUGAUCCCGAGUGGUUUAACGACGGCGAGUACUACCACAAGGUCUUGAUCUCGCUCCAGCCAGACAACAUGACUGAUGAUGAGUUUGACCACUUGGAAAAUUUCGUGGUGGUGGAGAUCGCACAGAAGGCGCGUGUAGCUAAGGGUACCUAUCUCGACUUGAAGGAGCAAGAAGAGCUCAAUGAAUUGAAGGCAUUGCAUGGCGAGGACUACGACAUUGAGGAGGGCCUCGACUUGGAGUUGUACAUGACCAUUGUGACGUUGCCCACAUGUGUUUUGGUGGCGGCAGUUUUGAUGUACUUGUUUGUUUCAUACAACAAGAGACAGUACGACUUGGGAUUCUUGAAGAAGGUCAAGCUUAACAGAAUGAAGACCAAAACCAAGAAGGGGCUGUACAUGGAGUUGCCUCAAUGGCUGGGAGAGAAGAAGGAUUAG